UGCUCAUUCUUCUACGAGAGACGUCGGCGGCCUUCCUCCUCGACUGGAUCCAUACAUAUGUAUACAGCAUUUGCCUCAUUUCUGAGCGCUCGAGGGCUGGUCUCGUACCGACCCGACGACCAGACACCACACGUAAUUCACACGGUUUCACACGUCAUUGCGUUUACUGCGAAAAACAGAAGCGACUAGUCGGCGGAUAUGACGGAGCGGACGAGGCGUCGGAGCCAGCCCGUGCGGACGGUCGAGGACGAAGCAUGGCAGCGUGUACGGAGCCAGCGCAACCAGCGCCGGUACCGGUCCCGGAAGAAGGUGGCGUUCGAAGAGCUCGAGGGCCAUGUGCUUGCGCUGCGUCGCGACGUGUGCAGCCUCGCCGCGCAGUCCCAGUCGUAUCAAGCCGCCGUCGCGCGCCCAGCUGUCUCGAUGACUGUGGCCACGAACAUUGCAGUCGAGUACUUUCGCAUGUUUGAGUACGGCCUCCGCGGUGCGAUACACCCGUCAUACAAGGCGCAGACGGGCUUCCUCACGAGCGUCAUGGCACCGGACCUGCAUUUCAUGGAGGCUUCGGACCGAGGCGUGCACAAGCUCUUUGAACAGCUCGACUUGUACUCGACGCUCUUUGUCUCGCUGCACAUGAACUGCGACCGUCUCGACGUCCUCGUCGAAGCUGACGACGAAGUCAUCGUGCGGGCCCUCGCGGUCCUCGACCUCCGGCUCUCGCGCGCGUCGAUCGAAGCUAUUUACCCCAAUUUAGUUGCGUCCAACGAGCCGCUGGUCCAAUCGCUCGUCGGGCGCCUCUUGCACGUGCCUAUUUUAACGCACUUUUACGUCAACAUGGAGACGCACAGCGUGCAUACGCUUUCGACGACGGCUGAUAUCACGUCAGCAGCAGCCAGCCUCGUGGGCAGCGUCCGCGAGAGUCUCGUGGCCCUUCAGCAGACGCGGCUCCUCGCCAACGCCGAGAUCUCAAUGCCAGCGCGGCCUCCGUACGACGACAUGUUGCGCCAAGGGUCGUAGUAGCGGGCUGUCGACCUACGCACACCACCUAUAGUUGACAACACUGCAUCGUCAAGCUGUCUUUUACUGCAUUAAGGCUUCGUUCGGUUCGCGGCAAUUAUUUUUUAAUCGAUUAUAUACGAAAUCGCCAUUAUUAAUGAUUGCGUAAAUGAGAAUUGGGUUUGCAGGUCCAUUAUCGACCAAA